CAUGCUAUUCCUGGUAUAACAGAGAGGAAGAGAGCAGCAUGAGUCUGCUGAUUUCCUAAAAGAUCUUCAGUUACUUCAUAUCACAUUCAGCUCAUUUAGUCCAAUCCACGUCCACUCCGCACAUUAGUCAGACCUCGAAGUGACAUAAUAAUAUACAUUUGGAAAUGAAAUGUAUCUGGAACUGAGAAUUGUUUUUGUUGCUAGAGUCACGAUGGAAGAGACAGAACUAUUAAAGGAGAGACUUCAAGCUAUAACAAAUAAACGAAAAAUCCAGGAGGACAUCGCAUCAAAGCGGCUGGAAAUCGACAACGAAAAACUGAAACUUCAGCAGCUAAAGAAAAAAUCAGCAAGAGAUCUAUGGCUUAUGGGUGGUACAAGCACUGGAGCUGUCCAGAAAGAGCAGAAAGCUCAGGAUGUUAUCCAGCAGACCAAAACACUACAGAGCAACAUUCAUCGAAAAGAAAUUGAGGCUCUAGAGAGAGAGGAGCUCAACAUCUCCACAAAUGAAGGCCUCAUCCUGCACAGGCUGAAAGCCAUUGAGAAGUCCACAGCAGACAUUAUUAAGGCAGCAAAUGAAAAUUUCAAGUCAGAACCUAUCCAGGUUUAUUCAGGAAUUCCAGAUGCUCAAAAAUCUUAUACACCUUUAAACAUGAGGAAACAGACAUCCGUGGAUCAAAGACUGAAUCAUGAACAACAAAAACCUGCUUUGCUUGCCAUGGAAAUCAACGUUCAGAAAGACCUGCGCACCGGCAAGAGCCAUGUCCUUUCUACCUGCACAGUCCCGGCCCAGGAAUUACAGCAGCGUGGCAUUAAGGUGUACGAUGAUGGCCGUAAGUCUGUGUAUGCUUUGCACAGUGCCUUGGAUCAACCUGAACCCAAUGGAGUGGAUGAGCUUAGCCCUAAGGAGGUGGAGGAGCUCCUGAAACAGGCCACAGAGAAAAGGAAGAAGCCUCAAGACCAUCAUGAGCCUCCGCAUCUAAAGAACUAUCAGCAUAGCCCUUGCUCAGAGCUUUAUAAUAUGGAAAUGAAUGAGUGGCCAGAGUACAAACACAGUGGUAUACACUAUCCUACCAGGAAAUUCAGGAACCUGCUUGCGACUUCACCCAAUACAGUGACCAGCAUGAAUUAUCACAACAGCAAUGGCAAGAAUUUUGAGAUGUAUGGAGGCAAAACAAGAUGUGACCCAAGACAAAUUUACGACCCCUGUGAGAGACAUAGAAGAACUGAUAGCCAGCAUGUGAAUCAUAUACCUCCUUUGUCUUACAGAGAGGAGGACCCUAAACUCAGUGUCUUAAACACUUUGCCUUCAGAUGAACCUGUCACUAUGAUCUUCAUGGGAUAUCAGAAUGCCGAAGAGGUUACACAAGACACACAGAGCUAUGAGGGGUCUAUUCAAGCGGAGCUUGUUAUCAUUGGAGAUGGUGAGGAAGAAACCUCUACCAGUGCUGCACCAUUCCAAAUAAUACCCACCCAUUCACUCCUGAACUGCAAUACCAACAACGCGUCCACACACCUGAUCUCGGAAACGCCACUGCCAGGUAGAAAAACAUCUAAACAAGCAAGACUAAAAUACUGCUGCUUGUUAAUGUAGCAAUGAAUGACCUUCCUUUCAUUAACUAUUUCAUACUUUCCAGAAGCUGUAUUCUCUGCAUGGCCUAUGCAAUACAACACUGCUUUUUCUGUGUGUUCAUUUCCUUUUACUUUGUCUUAACACUCUCAGUCAUGUAAAGCUUUUUCAUUGACACUUUUACACUUGACUUGAAGCUAGGGUUGAAUAUGUACUGUCCAAAGAAGGUGUUAAACCAGUAAGUUUGAAUAUGCUAUGGGGAAUUUCACACACAUUCAUUCUCAAUGAAGCGUCAUACAAACUCAGCAAGGAACUGUGGGCGAGUCAUAGUUACAUUUAUUGCAUUUGGUAGGUGGCCUUAUCCACAGCUAUUUAAAGAAGUGAACUUCAGUCUUUAUCAAUAAAUACAUUCUGAUAAAGAUUUAUUAGGACACAGAAAAAAUAGACUUUUUUUUAAUAGCAGAAAUGGUAGGUGAAUUUCUGUUAGUGACUCUGCUGGAAGGUUAUUCCACACCAUAAGUGCCAGAGAAGAGUCUUGAAGUCUGUCUUACUCCUACCAGAGAAAUGUACAUGGUGAAACCUGUCAAGCAAUGGUUCAGGAUUGGAGGGAGCAUGGCAAUUGUCAAUUUUAUUGGAUUUGUAGGUGAGCAUCAGUGUUUUAAAUCUGCUGUGAAAAGCUACAUGAAACCAGUAAAGGAAGUGUAGCAGUAAUGUGCUGUGGAAGAACAGAGGAAGGUUAAAAACAAGUCGUGCAGCUGUGUGUUUCUGUGUGUCACCCUGACAUACACAUUUUGUUUACUCUUCAAAAUCCAUUAGUUGAAACAUGUUCUUUUGGUAAUGUUGAUAAUGAUGUGUUAGUGCUGAGGGUUUGUUCAUUAUAUAAGUGUUAUAUAAUGCCAGUUCAAACUAAUCAUUUUGAAAUCCAUGCAUUUGAAAUCUAUGAUUUCAUCAUUUACAUUAGCUUGCAUUCUGAAAUGUGUGUCUUGCGUUUGUAAUAAAUCUGACUGAAUACGGAGGUAGUUUUUUCUCUCAAAUGCAAAACAAAACACAUUGCACCAUCCGAAUGUGAACGAUUAUAAGUGAGGCGGUGUUGUCUAAUUGCACAGCUCAUUCUGUAGAUGGCAGGAUUUUCAUAUUUAAAUAGAGCAUGCACACCCACCCAUGUCACUGAAUAACACACACACACAGUAUCGAUCUUCGUCAUCACGUUGCAACAGGGGUGUGCAAACUUUUGCACUCACCCUGAAGCUAAUUAAACAUUUUAGCAAUACAGAUAAUAGAUGAAAAUGGUUGUAGGAAGAAAUCCAACAUUUGUAGUUUUUCAUCUUGUUAAUUCAUUGUUUGGCGCUUUAUGUAUGCUGUUUGCUUGAAAUAUGUUGUCUCAUUUUCAACAACAUUAGCCCUGAGAGUAGAACAACUAAAAGCUGAAGGCUCAUAUUAACGCAUUACUUUGCCCAUUAAUGCAUUCAACGCAUUAUUAUGUAUGUAUGCACUACUAAGGCACUGUUGUUUCUAUAGCAACAACAUACACAUGGACUUGUAUGCCAUCAGUAUCCUAAACCUCACCAGUACUUUUUUUCUUUCUCACUUUUAGUAUAUGGCUAGAUAAAAUGAGACACCUGUAACAUUUAAUAUAUUCAUACUGUGCAUUUAAAACAAGUCUCUUUUCUGUAUAUUUGCUCAAGUGAAGCAGAGAUACAUUUCAUUACUGUUAUCAUGUGAUAGAGACACUCUGCACUCCAUAUCAUAUAUAACAAUAACACUGUAUGCAGCUCUGUAACCUAAACUCUCUGUACUGUAUAGUUUUAAAUCAUUUUUGUUUUGCAGUUGAUCCUGCAUUACCCUGAUGAGUGAUUUGUGUUACGUUGUAUUUCUUUGUUGAUGCCUGCUGAACAUCCCAGGGUGCUGUAGCUGAAGAUUUUAAGCAGCUCCUAUCUGGAAACAUAUUCCAAAAUGUGAAUUAUAAAUUCUGGAGUGGCUUUAAAUAGUAAACAGAAUCUGAGGGAACUCUACAAUUAAAAUAAAAGCUUAAGUACACUAUAUGGACAAGGUUUUUGGAUGCCUGAUCUGGUACUGAUGUAGGUGAGGUGAGGAGAUCUGGGGUGCAG